AUGGCUUCCCCCGCCGUUGCAGCACAAUCGCUCACCCCAGCUGCGAUCCAAGCGGCUCAUGAACUCAUUCAACCCCACGUGCACCGCACGCCGCUGUUGACUUGUAAAACACUUGACACCAUCGCCUCCACACCACAGUCCCCCGAAGCCUUGGUUGGAACGCCAUUCGAAGGCCACACUCCGGCACGCCCACAGAUUCGAUUUUUCUUCAAGUGUGAGAACUUUCAGCGGAUUGGUGCCUUCAAGGCACGAGGCGCAUUUCAUGCACUGCUACGACUGUUGGAGGAGCGCGGGGAGGAAGUGAGACGGCGCGGGGUAAUCACGCAUAGCUCUGGAAACCAUGCACAGGCCCUCGCCCUCGCUGCCUCGACCCUAGAAAUCCCCGCCUACAUCGUUAUGCCCCGCAUUAGUACACCAUCUAAGAUCGCGGGUACAAAGUCCCAUGGUGCAGAAGUUAUCUUCAGCGGCUCGACGAGUGUAGAGCGUGAAGCUGUGGUGGCAGAAAUACAAGCAAAGACAGGUGCCAUUCUGGUUCCACCGUAUGAUGACUUCAAUGUCAUUUGCGGCCAGGGUACAACAGCUUUGGAGCUGGAAGCACAGCACGCUGAACAAACUGGGUCCCGGGCCUUGGAUGCGGUCAUCACUCCUAUUGGCGGAGGCGGGCUCAACUCCGGCGUGGCGACUUGGUUCUCGGAUAAGCAGACACGCGUGUUUGGUGCAGAGCCCAGCUUUGAAGGGGCGGACGAUUGCCGACGCGGACUAGAAGCAAAGGAGCGCGUAGAAGCUGUGAGCACUCUCACUAUUGCAGAUGGUCUCCGCACUCCUGUGGGAUUGCUCAAUUGGGAGGUCAUCUCCAAUGACAAGAAGGUCGAGGGGGUCUUCUCUGUCACUGAAGAGCAGAUUAAGGCCGCCAUGCGGUUGGUUCUGGAGCGCAUGAAGGUCGUUGUUGAACCGAGUGCCGUGGUUGGAUUGGCCGUCUGUCUCUUCGACGAGAACUUCCGGCGACGAGUCGAACAAGAGGGUGGCAAGGACGGAUGGGACAUUGGUGUUGUGUUCAGCGGCGGCAACACAACUGUCGAGGCAAUUGCGAAGCUGUUCACUUAG